AUGAGCGUUCCAGCAGCUUUUCUCAUACUUUUAUGGUCGUCAAUUGCCGGAUCUUUGCCUUUGGCACCUGCGCCGCCCGACUUCAAUGCCGACUUUUCAAAAAGAGAUAUUCAAUCGGAUUUGAUGCCAAUUGUUGGAGAAGAUGAGCUUCAAAAUUUACGACAUAACGGAUUUCAAGAACAGUUACAUCAUCUGAGACAGCAGAAUAUUGGAAGAAAUUCUGCAACAAUCACAGAUGAAAUGGCUAGAAUCAGGAACUCGAUUGAAGAUAUUUCAGAGUUUUCAGUGGAUUCAAAUGAAAUUGAUGAGGCAAUUAAUGACAUCACCGUGCCUACGGAUGUCAAAUUGAAAAAGAGCAGCAAAUUUGCGGAACUCUCUGAAAUUCACAACGCCGAUUCUUCGAAUAAGGGUCUUCCACCAUUUGCAUUUUCAGAAGAUCAAGAAGAAUCCGAAUCAGAUGUUGAGAAAGUCGAAGUAGUUCCUCCCACUACAACAAUUGUUCUGGCAACUCUUCCAACUACAACCGUCUCCACAACUACAAGAACAACCACGACACCGCCAACAACUUUCAUCACAACAACACAGAAAUAUGUUCAUAUCGAUAGUGAUGUGUCAGUUCCGAGAAGAACACAAAUCGCAAUUUCAUCAACUCCAAUGGUUGAUAGAACAGUAACAACUUCUCACGUCCCAAUUGAGAUUUCCACGACUACAUUGGCUCCCAUUGCAAGCACGACACCUUCUACUACUGAAUACAGUCCUCCUCCCACUACACGUUCAUAUAUUGCAUGGAAUACUCAAUCUCCUCAUAUUUUCUCUUCAUCAACUGUUCGCCUCCCGUCAGCAAUUCCAUUGGCAACAUCAACAACAUUCGCCUCAAGACUUCCUGAAAUAAUAAUGACAACUCCGAGACCAUAUCGUGGAGGUCCAUUCACAACUGAAUUCACAAUUGAACCAAUACAAAAACGAAGUGAAGGACGUACUUCUUUGAGGGAUAGAAUCAGAUCUACGAGUCAAUUAUUGAAUCUUUUGGGUGACAAAAUUUCUGGAAUCGAUCAAAAGGCGGUUUCAACUGGAGUAGAACCCAAGACUGGUGUUCUCACAAACAUAUAUGAUCGAGGGGAAAUCAAACAUCGUAAUUAUCGAACGAAACAGUGGGGAAUAAGUGGAGAAGGACGGCAAGGAGUUCAAACUUAUGAUGGACAAUUCAGUGGAGUUGCUUAUGGCGCAACCAAACAGAAAGGUGGCGGAUAUAUAAUGAGAAAGAAAAUGGGAAAGAGACCAUGGUCAUCGAGAGGAUACAAGACAAGAAGACUAGGGGAAAGAAGGCCUGAAUACACAAGACCAUCCACAUUUGUGGAGAAGAAGACGACUGAAGUAGCAGUUGAACCUUAUGGAAGCAAGAGAAGAGGAGAAUGGAUCCGGGGUGUUAAGGUGUCAGAGAGAAGAAAUGCAGUGAGAAAAGUUAGUGAGAGUCAGAAGAGUUUCGCACAAGCUCUACUGGAGUCAGAAGAAGCUUCUAUGAAACAGCUGAAGAAAACUUUGAGACAAAUUAGAGAAGUUGUCAAGAUAAAGACUUCAUCAUCAACGACAUCAACUGUGACAACAACACCUCGUCCUAUCAAAAAGAAAAACCGAAUCGACUCGGAAUUUUUCAACGGACCAUUUGAUCUUCGACGCGUUUAG